GAUUCUGAUCUCCGCCAACUCAUUGUAUUGGUAAUUGGGACUUUUUGGAUAGGAAAGCUAUUUCCAUCUUAAGAAGGAAACAUUUCAGUUUCUAUGCUAUUUAAUGGAAGAUAGAAAGGGUCAACUGUUCAAUUUUACGCAGUGUUCGCAGCCAAUGGCCUCGUGCUGUUGGAUCAGUCAACCUGCACAAGUAGGAACCCGCAGCCUGUUCGCAGACAAGAGAACUUGCUUUCAUAAAGGGAAUUUUUUGGGUAACAAUAAAGUGCAGAAAAACUGUGCUCGUCCCGGUUUCGACCUUUCCAAGUAUAAUGGGACCGUAAAGAGUAUAGCUGCACCGGAAACAGGAGGCUUUCAGAGUGCCAAAAAUAAAGCAAACAUAGGACCUUUAAAGAAGGAGGCUUUCUCAGACGUCUCUAGCAAAGAAAAGGACGUUUUGAACCAACAGCUCAACGAAACCAACAACAAAGGUAGCGACAAGAGUAGAAGAAGGAAGAUGACACAAGUUGUAGUGGUUGGCCUUAGUCACAGAACGGCUACAGUUGAAACAAGAGAACGACUCUCCGUCCCAGAACCCAAGUGGCAAGAAUAUUGUGGCAAUUUGAAGGACUUUUGCCCUUCAGUGACAGAAGUCGCUGUACUUUCUACUUGUAACCGUUUUGAAGUAUAUUUUGUUGCUUAUGAAGAGAAAGAAGCAAUCUUGGAAGUAAUGCAGUUUCUCUCGUCAUACAGUAGUGUUCCUAUCAAUCAGUUACGAAAGCAUCUGUUUGUGCUUUGUGAAAGAAUGGCAGUUUGGCAUAUUUUUCGCGUUGCAGGAGGACUUGACUCUCUUGUAGUCGGGGAAGGUCAGAUUCUUUCCCAGAUGAAGCAAUGUUAUCAACUCUCUUGUGAUAAGAAAGGACAAGCAGGAAAAGUUUUGAAGAAGCUUUUGAAUUCGGCUGUUGCUGCAGGAAAACGCGUUCGCUCAGAAACCGGAAUUUCCAAAGGAGCAGUAUCCAUUUCAUCUGCUGCAGUAGAACUAGGUUAUAUGAAAGCACCUUUUGAUAUUAACAAGUCACUAACUGAGGCUUCUAACUGCAUUAUUGGUGCUGGAAAUAUGGCUCGUCUUUUGGUACAACAUUUAAUUGGUCGCGGAUGUCAUAAUAUAACGGUUGUGAAUCGUUCUUAUAAACGUGCAGAGGAACUUAAGGAAAUGUUUUCUGAUGUGAAUAUUAAUAUAUGGCCUUGGGAAGGUUUGAUGGAUGUUAUAAGCACUUCCGAAGUUAUCUUUACUUGUACCAGUUCGUCGGAGCCUAUUUUAUGUGCCGAUCAUUUGCGAGGCAUCUUAGCAGAUUCAUCAGGAACCUUGAUCAUUGAUAUUUCAGUUCCUAGGAAUGUUGCUUCGGAUGUGAAGGAGAUUCCUUUUGUAUCAUCUUACAAUGUUGACGAUUUGAAAGCUGUAGUAGCACAAAAUCAGGCUCGUCGUCGUAAACUUGUUCAGGAAGCGGAAACACUAUUGACGGAAGAACUGAAUAUUUUCUGUAAUUGGCACCAUUCACUGGGAGCCGUUCCUGCUAUUACACGUUUACAGGAGCGAGCUGAGAGUAUUCGUGCUGAAGAGUUGGAGCGGGUUGUAUCGAAACUUCGUGACUUGACUGAGUCCGAACGAGAAGCCGUUGAAAAGGUUACCAAAGGUAUUGUCAACAAGUUGUUGCAUUUUCCCAUGGUUUAUAUCAGAGAAUUGGAAGAUAUUGAAGAACGUAGCAUUACUUUGAAGAGUCUUGAAGCACUUUUCAAGUUGUAUUAAGGGAAUGUUUCAAAUAAAAAUGGAACAGUGUUU